AUGGGGGCAUUCGGUUCUAUCGAAAACCUCCCUAGCCUGCCAGAAGCCUUCCAGGAAACCCAACAAUGGCUCCCUCUGGUUGAAAAAUUUUUGCAAGAAGCAAAGAGCCCAGCGAAGAAAGUGAGGUCUGCCGAAGAUGCCCGGGUACCAGAGAUUGUCCUAUAUAGCUUCCACGACAAGGCGACGAAGCUGCUAGAGAUCGUGGAAAACAUUGGCGAAUACUCAAAAUGUGAAUACGAUUUUUCUGUGUAUCGAGAAAUAAUGAUGAGACAGGGAAGGCAGCGCGUCGAGAUGUUGAUGGUCGGUUUAUUGGAAGAUCUGGGAACAUUGGUCGCAGACAGGGUGUUUCUGGGGGAGAUGCAGAGACAGAUCGAGCCGUUGUCAAAGGCUCGCGAAGAACUGGUGCAAGUCUCAUCCUCACUAGCCGAGUCCGAUCUGGCCGGCCGGUCUACACCUGCUAGCCAGUACGGGGCUAACAGUCAUCAAUAUAACCUGUUCGGUGCAGGUACUCAGAAAAUUACGCAAGGUCACUAUUUUGAGGCCCACGGGAAUCAGAAUUUCGGUGUGAUACCCUCAACGGAUUCCAUAUAG